AUGUCGACUCGUACUCCGCGUAUUUGGCAGAAAGGUAUCCAGAACUAUGUCUUCCUCCCUGACUUCUGGGUGGCCGUAACUUCAACGCCCGUUGUUGGUCGAUACAAGUUGCCCAGGAACUGCGUGAAGUUUGAAGUGGACCCAAGGAUGACGAGGCAUGAUGUAAAGGAAUAUCUUACCAAGAUCUAUGACCUUCCGGUGAGAAGCGUACGCACAGAAGUUCAAAUGGGUGACAUCACGUGGAGCACACCAUUGGAUCGUCAGUACAAGAAAGCAAUGUGGAAAGAGAACGACAAGAAAUACGCGUAUGUUUAUAUGAGCAAAGAUUUUGAGUUCGUUCCUGUGAACGUCUUUCCCACGGAUGAUGAGCAAGAACAACUACAGAAGGUCAAAGAACAACAGGAAAAAACGACUUUGAACGAUAGAUUCGUAAAUCGUGACAGGAAAAAGAUUGGAGAGUUGUUAGGUGUUUGA